CACAAGUGCCACAGUUUUCUUCUGGCACUUCCGGUGCCUCAAUCGUGUGUUUAUUAAUCACACUGAAUCCAUCUUCUGUCACUUGUAAAUGCAGGGAUGAAAUGGACGCUGGGCUAUUUCCCUUUUUUAAUAAACAUUUCUAUUUUGCAGCCAAGUUGUCUUCGAGAGCACCAAAUGUCAAGUGUUAGCUUAGCACGCUAGCUCGAAUGAAGUGAACAGUGAGUCAGACUCAGACCUGAUUCUGAGACGAGUGAUUUCUGCUGUGGUGGUAUGAAAACCCCCAGAAGAAUAAAUGUUAAGAAGAUCGGGAAUAAAACAGCUAACUGGGAGACGAACCAACACACAACGCCCAACAGCUGUUGGUGAUAAAAGAAGAUCUUUGUCCUGCGAAGCAGAACUUGUGUCUAGAGUCUGGACCGGGAAGACCAGAAGAACUCCGGGUCUUGAACAAGAAAAAAUGGAGAGUGAAAUCACAGAGUUCACUUUCAGCCCAGUCCUUGUGAAGUUUGAAGAAGAUGAAGAUCAGUAUUUAGAAUCCGAUUCUAAAGACCACAGUUCAGACGAGAUGGAACUCAGUGAAGGAAACUGGGGUCACAGCAGUGAAACUCUGUCACCCUUCAAUUCUGUCAGAAACAAAGUUCCUGUAGGUGAUACGGGAUCUGAGAGUAGUAAAAAUAUUUACAGCUGUACUGAAUGUGGCAAAACAUUCAACCGCAAGUCUUGUCUGUUAAGACAUGAAAGAAUUCACACUGGAGAGAAACCCUUCAGCUGCUCUGUCUGCAAAGCAGCUUUUGCGUUUAACUAUUUGCUAAUGCAACACACAAGAACGCACAGUGGGGAGAAACCUUUCAGCUGCACCGUUUGUGAUCAGAGGUUCAGCAGGAAGGACUGUCUAAACUCUCACAUGAGAUGUCACACGAAAGAAAAUUCAUACAGCUGCUUUUUUUGCAGCAAAGCUUUUCCAUGGAAGGAGAAGUUAGAGGAGCACACAAAAACCCACACCGGAGAGAAACCUUACAGCUGCUCAAUAUGUGGCGAGAACUUCAGCCGCAAGUAUAUUCUAACGUGCCACAUGAAACGUCACAAUGGAGAGAAACCUUACUGCUGUUCUAUUUGUCAGGCAGCUUUCAAGUGGAAGCAAAAUCUCGCACGGCACACAAGAACCCACCUAGGAGAAAAACCUUUCAGCUGCUCAGUUUGCAGAGCAGCAUUUGGACGAAAACAGGACUUUGUGGAACAUGCAAGAAUCCAUACAGACGUGCAGCAGCUGACAACGACAAUAGAGGAACUUCCUCCUGAGCAGCAGAACUGGAGUCCCAGACUGGACCAGGAGGACCAAAAUCCCUCACAGAUUAAAGAGGAAAAAGAGAUGAUUGAUAUCACAAAGUCCAGUUCUGUUGCUGAGAGGAAUGAAGAUGAAGAAGCGAUAUCUCAGUCCUCAGGAUUUCAUCUGGACCAGACCGAGGAGGACGUGGACUCUGUAGGACCAGAUCCAGAUCAGUAUUUUGACUCUGAUUCUGAAGAUAAAACUUCAAGCGAUAGAAACUGGGAGAUCGGUGAAUAUAGAGAUGUACACUCUGUAGAAAUGAAAAAACUCAUGGUUGAUGACAGCACGUACGACGGCAGUAGGAAGAGUUACAAAUGUACUGAAUGUGGUAAAACGUUCACUAGCAAGUCGAACUUAUUAAGACACAACCAGAUCCACACCGGAGAAAGACCUUUCAGCUGCUCCACCUGCAGCGCAACUUUCAAAUGGAAACAAAAUUUUGUACAACAUCUAAAAACCCACAGCGGAGAACGACCUUUCAGCUGUUCCAUCUGUAAAGCGGCUUUCAAAUUUAAACAGCACCUCGCCCGACACACGAGCACCCACACCGGUGAAAAGCCUUUCACCUGUUCCAUCUGCGAGGCCACUUUCAACUGGAAACCAAACUUUUUACGACACGUCAAAACCCACACUGAGGACAGACCUUUCAGAUGUUCUGUCUGCGAGGCGGCUUUCAAAUCKAAACAAAACCUUGUGCAACACACAAGGACCCACGGUAGAGAAAGGUCCGUGAGCUGUUCUGUCUGUAAGGCAACGUUCAGGUCUAAAGGACAUCUUCUGCAGCAAACAUAAGAACACACACGGGAGAAAAACCGUUCAACUGCUCUGUUUGCAAGGCAGCAUUUGGAAGGAAGCGGGAUUUUGUGGAACACGCAAAAAUCCAUGCAGAUGUUCAGCAGCCGUUGGUGACCAAAGAGAAGUUUCCUUCUGAGCAGCAGAACUGGAGUCCAAGACUGGAUCGAGAUGAACAGCUCCUGCAUAUAAAAGAGGAACAAGAAGAAGCUGAAAUUAUAGAGUUUAUAUUCAAUCCUGGCCCCGUGAAGUUUGGGGAUGAUUAGACCUCAGUCCUCUGAGCUUUAUUCCAGGAAAAAAAAAAAAAAAAAACAGAGACUCUGCGGGACCAGAUCCAGAUUAUAGUAGUAUUUAAAUUAAAUCCUGAAACAGAAAUUGGUCAGUGGUGGAAACGAAAAAGAGGAAUUUUGAACACAAACAUAGCUAUUAUCAAGUUUCUGUAGGUGAAACAAGAAGUACGCGCAGUAAAAAGCUUCACAGCUGCUGCUCUGAAUGAAAAACCUUUGAACCACAGGUUUCAAUGUAAUCCACACCUGGAAGAAAACCUUUGAACUAGAAAAUGUUACUUCAGCACACACACACACACACAAUUUUGCACUUUGGAAACUUAGAAUGUUUUUAUGACUCAGCUUCGAUUAAAACAUUUUGGACAUUUUAAAAAGCUGUAUUUUUUAUCCUUAAGUGUAGGGAUUUUUGUUUUGAGCGGUAGUUUCACACUUUUUGAUAAUGUUAACGUGCUUCCUAAUAUUUCCUGUUUUGUCAUUUACUUUUAGUCCAGUCUUAAUAUAUGUUUUGACCCAGAAAUGUGUUGAUGUGUAAAGCCACCAAACAGAAAGCUGUGAAUCAUCAAAAAACACAUGGUCGACUGAACAUGAUGCAUCUUUUCAGGCACUACUUUCACUUCCUCUGAUGUGUAGGUUAUCAAACCUGCCUCUUGAUAUUUUGUCAUAUAUAGACCUUUAAUAUCAUUGUAAUACCCAUUACAACAUUUGAUAUAAAUUAGUACAGAAUUGAAAAUACAUUAUUUUAAAUAAACAUA